AGGCCCUAAUCCUCCGAACACAGCCAAUCAAUACUGCGUAUUAAUCAUUAAUGACGAGUGGCACAUCAGUACUUGGUCAUGUACUUCUUUUCAUGAUACUCAAAUGAUUUCACUCUGACAGCAAUGUGACUGACGAUUAAACCAAAUAUUGUGCAGAGAAAAAUACAGAAAUUGUCUUAAAUUGCUGUCAGAACAAAAGCAGUUCCCUUUACAAACACUAGACGUCAGUAGAAUAAUCUUCCAGAGGUUUUUUUUUUUCUUCCUGUUUUCCGGGAAACUACAGCUGGUUUCAGACUAAACUCUGCUGCUUUUACUUUGCAGGUUAAUCGAUCAUCGGUUCACUGCUGGAGGCUGUCAGGAUGUCAGCUGUUAAGAUGACGGAGGGGAGUGUGCAGGUGGAGGGCUGCAAAGCGCCGCUGUUCUACAGACAGAGUGAACCUUCUGAAGGGGACGUGAGGAUGUCCGUUUUACUCCUCCACGGCAUCCGUUUCUCAUCAGAAAACUGGCUCAACAUCGGCACUCUGGAGACUCUGGCCAAAGCAGGAUGCCGUGCAGUCGCCAUCGACCUGCCAGGAUUCGGCCGGUCUAAGUCAGCCGAGGCCCCAGCAGCGGUCGGACAGCUGGCCCCCGCAGGUUUCCUGAAGGAGGUGUGUGAUCAGCUGAGCCUGAGCCCGGUGGUGGUGAUCAGCCCGUCCCUCAGUGGGAUGUACUCCCUCCCCUUCCUCCACCAGCACCAGGCUCUGAUACGGGCCUACAUCCCUGUAGCGCCCAUCUGCACCGAGAAGUUCACAGCAGAGCAGUACCAGAGUGUAAAGGUCCCAUCGCUGAUCGUUUACGGCGAUCAGGACACUCAGCUCGGAGAAGCGUCACUGAACAACCUAAGCCAUCUGGCCAAUCACAGCGUGGUGGUGAUGAAAGGAGCGGGUCACCCCUGUUACCUGGACGACCCUGACACCUGGCACAAAGCUCUCACUGACUUCCUAAAUACGCUGUGACGCUCCUCGUGGAGAGAUACUCAACAACAGUCACACAUACAUGACUCAGAGGAGCCACACAAAAAAACCCACAAUAUUCAUUCAUGAGAAAUUCAGAAACCUGAUUUUCACUCUUUAAAUAGAACCAGUAAUGAAAUUGAGAGGUGGAAGAAGAGAAAUUAAGCUAAAUCAUUCAAACAUAUUUUCUAUAAAUACGCUUAUGCACUUUUCUUAAUUAAAUGAGAAGAUUUAUAUAUCUCAUCUACUGUUGUAAUGAUAUUCAACCUGGUAAAAUAUACUGAGUUGGUUAUAAUCUAGGGCAGAGCAGCUAAGCAAAAAGUGAUUACAGCUCCUACAAUUUCACUAAAAAGGUUAUUUAUGUCUCAAAAUUACUUGAUUAAAUUUACGAGUUAUAUUUGAAAGAUUAAGAAAACAUGGUUGUGUUUUGAUCUGGUAGAUUUAUCUGAAAAACUAAAGCUGUUUACAGGAUUUGUGCCUGUACAAUGACUGUGUCCACUACCUUUUGAAAUCAAAAUUACGCUCCUGAACAUGAGAGUUGUGUUAACUGUCUCGUCUCGGUAAGAAAGCUAAUAAGUGCAUUUUCAAGAUCUCAAACUUUUCCUUUAAUACCAUAAAAACUAUUGGGUAAUAUAAAUAAAAGUAAAGGUGCAAUAAUAUAUAUUACAUUAUCCUUGUAAGCAGAUAAAUGAAUGUCCGAUCUAUGUCUCAACAAUAAGACAAAACACCACACGCUGAAAUGAAGUGAAAAAUAUGAACAUUAUUUAAUAACUGAUUCUCUGUAAUAAACAAUUUGAAAAUAUUUUACAAGGAGUCACAGACACAAUAUUUUACAAAUUUUGCCCUCUUCUUUUAGUUUUUUUUGUUAGCUUCAUCUGUACAAAAGAAUGGAGCGACAUGGACCAGUGUCCAGAAAAAGAAGGAGCUAAAUCUUCCAAGCACACAAACAUUCACACUCACACACGUACAAGAAAUUAAAACAAAACCAAAAAAUAAUUCAAAACAUUUUGACUUCAGAUCUCAAACUUAUCAACAGUGCGGUAUUCCUAUAUUUUUUAUAACUUCACUUAAAAUUUGACUGAUUUUACUCUUUAUUUUUUUUCUCUAAAUGUUGCUGUUAUUUUUUAAACACACUUGUCAAACAUGGUCACAGAGCACCAGACUACAGACUACAGAAUCACAUACGCACGUGUCUUUCCCACAGAGACGCACCAACACAGAUGCAGCGAGGGUCGGGAGGGGGCGAGAGGCUUUAUGAAAACCACCGCAUACUUAUUCAAGGUCCUGUCCUAAAGCUGACCCCUCCCUCUCAUCAUCCCCAAGCUGGUCCAAUUCUCAAUUUUUUUAUUUAUUUUUUAUUUUGGCAAAAGUAAAUUUGUCAAAACCACAGAAAUCAGACGUGUGGUCCCUUCAGAAGACUUUUUUUCUGUCGGGAUGCACACACAGACGUCACUACAUGAUUCCUCCAUGACCUCCUGUUCUACGGGACCGUACUGCUCUGUGGAGACCCACUCCCUGAGCUUGCCUCUGACAUUCCCACCCGCUCGCCAAAAAAAUCCCCUGGGAAGUGCCGUCCUUGGCUUACUUCUGCCUGGUGUUUGACAUCUCCCAGCUGGGCAUGAAUAAGUGUCAUUACAUGUUCGCUUAUAGGUGUGUUGUGCAUAAUGUCUCGGUGCAAAAAAACAAAACUGUAGGCCUACAUACUUAGUUUGUGUGUGAGGACUGUAAGCGUACAGAACCAGGAAGAGAGAGGAAGUUGCAGGGGGUACAUUUCCACAGGCACGUGUAGCACUCAUUUACAGACAGUGGAAAUGGGGAAAUACAGACAGAAUUAAAUGGCACAGGACAGAGACAAACAAAUGCCAGAAAAGUAAAACUGCAUCCGGCAUCAGAUGAUUGGUACUGAACACUGAAAAGAGCCAAAUUGGAAAUACACUUUCAUUUUAUUUCAGUCUUUUGUUUUAUCUGAGUCGGAUUUGUUCGGAGCCGCACUGCAGUUACUGUGCCAGCAUGUUUGUCAUAUCAAAUAGUACCAACAACUGUACAGAGUGAGAAGUUAAGGUUCAGAUAGUAGAGUGAGUCUUCCCUCUGGAGCACUACAGUGAGGUUUGGGUGGGUGUGAACAUUGAAGGUCGGAGGCUUUUUUUGAAAUUUAAAAACUCCCACUUGGCUUUCAAGCAUUUAAUCAAAACAUCAAUCAGGCAUCAGUCAAUAACGAACCAUUUCAAGACGUAAAAAUACAAAAUUAGAGCUCACUAUACUUACUGCAGAACACCAAGAAAACCCAGGGAGUGAAUAUUUUUGGAGGAUCUAUUUGUGUGUGGGUGAGUAAACAUGAGGGAGGGAAACGUAUCAGAGCUCCGUACUGUGUAACACUAAGGCAUUUAGAGAGGCUUUGUUAAAUAUGUUGCAUUUGAAGCAGAAAACACUGAUGAACUACACAUUCUUUCGGACACCUCUGCUCUUAGAUAAACAUUUAGGCAGACUGAUGGUUAAAGAUGGAUUCUGUUUGUUUCAGUAAAGUCCCUUUUUUUUUUUCUCCACAACAUCACUGGGUUUUUGUCCAUUGCAACACAGGAACAGUAUAAACAGCUAUGCUACCACAACUGUCAUCCCUCAUACACUCCACUUCUCAUUUUUGAAGACAUUCCCUUUGAGGGUUUUUAAUGCAAACUAACACACGCGCACACAUCCACACCCACAAACACAUACGAUUCAGGCAGAACUAUAGCAGUCAGGUGGCCCUAAAAACGCUCUAUGGCCAGUUAAGUCGCUGUAUACGGAUAUCAUAGCUCUAUACAUGGCUUUGUAAAGGAACGGUAUAGUAACUCCAUAUGAUGGCAGUCAGGUGGCUCUGGAGCAACCACAACCGAGAGGGGCAAAUACAUUAAGCGAGAGCCGGUCAGUGCGAUGACUCUGUGUAAAGCUAUUUUUUUUUAUAGCCGACAGAUUCAGUCUCACAAGCUCCUCCAAGGUGGCUGCUCUAUAAAGGUACUAUACGGUAGCUUUACUCUUAUACAGCCGAUGUGGUCCAAAACAAAGUGCAUCAAGGCACUAUGAAACAGAGCGGCUCCUAAACAUUGUAAUGAUCAAAUGAUGAACUGCGACGGAUUACAACCAUACUACUACUGUACGUGAUCACCAUAUUUAGUUGCCUCUUCUGCACUUUUGUUGGAAAUGUUGAUAAGCCCCUAUCCCCCAGCAGCGAAUGGUUUUGAAGUUUGAACAGCAUCAGUCAAAGGUAAUAGAAGCCCCCAAAUAAAAGAAAAAAGCCCAUCAGGUACUACUACGAGACGCUCAUGAGGCCGAGAUCUUGGUGUGUCUGUUGUACGACCAGAAGUGAAGCACAUAUACAAAUUGUGAUCAGGUUACUGGAGAAGCCUCAUGAGGAUUGGCAGAGGUGAGCUUUCCCAUCAGCGAGCACAGGGAUUUCUGUUUUUUUUUCUUCAUUUUUUUUAAACAUCAGUCCAAAACCAGAGGUCAGAAUGGUCGAUUGAGAAUAAAACACAACAUCAACGAUGCUCUGAAUCUGCAGUCACAGUAUACUGAUUCAUAUUUUACAGCUGUCACUAGUGUGUAAGCCAGAUAGCACUAGCGUUAAAUAGUAAAUAUGAGAAAAAAUACUUCAAGAAAUGCGAUUAUCAUCGUGUCAUUUCCAUAAUCCGCAGUGGACGUUUUUUUAAAAAGCUUCAAUAUGUAAUUAGGCGCUGCACAAAAUGAAUCUGCAUUCAGUGUCUGAGUGUGUCCUCGUCCUCUCAUGGUUUAUCCUUAAUCUAAAUCAGAAGCCAUUUCCUCUUUCUGUUUUGGCUAUAAAAAAUAAGACCACAUGAAAGUCCAUCUCAU